AUGGAUGUUCCAGACGCUUCAAAAACUGUUCUUAGAGCUAGAAUUGCAUUGCUAGCCACUGCCAUUGGUGGUCCUGAUUAUACUUCCUCGAUUGAGCCGCCCCCAUAUAAGCUCGGUGAUGAUUGUUUGGCAUGUCUUAAAGAUCUCAAGAGAUGGUUUAAGUUAGUCGAUGAUCAACAAAACAGAUGGGAUGUAGCAAUGGCUGCAGCUGAAUACAAGAUUGUCAUUGAUGAUUUACUUCCAAUCUUGAUUGAUUGGGAAAAUAGAUCUGCACAAGAAGCAAAAAUAGCUCGCAAGCAUAGGAGUAAUGUCGACAAAGAAAGCGAAAUGGCCAGUCCAUUCACAAGUAAAAAUUACUUUGAUAAAGUUGCUCUACAUUGUCUACAGCUAUUAGUGUUAAUGACAUGGCCGCUAAUCUUGACAGACCAAUCUACUAUGAAUCAAGUGAACAACUAUGCGGAAUUAAAAAAAUAUCAAUUACUAUACAAGAAAAUGAUUCUUUCCAUGAGUAAUGGUAAAGCACUGAAAGCCGUUAUUCGUUUAGCUUUGAAUGUUGUCAAGAUAGAUAGAUUAUCUAGGACACCUCGUGAUAACGUAAUCCUAAAAUUGGCGUUAAAUUUCUUCAGAAAUAUCAUUGCUAUUGAACCAGGGGAAUUAAUGAUUACUAAGAGAAAAAUAAUGCCUCGAGGUAUUAACUCAGUUGAUACCUUACCCCCAAACGUCUCCAUGGACGAUAUAUCCCUAACUGCAGUGAUAGAUUGUUUUCAGCAAAAUAAAGUUUUUGGAUUUUUAUUAACCCUCAGUAACUCUUUAAACUCUGAAUUCGAUCAAGAUUUCAUUAAUAUUCCUCUUUUGGAAAUCAUGUUUUACUUAACUAAAGAUCUUAAUCAGAAAUAUUUCUUUCGUACGCCAACAAAUAAACUGUCAAAGGGCUCAAAUGACAGUACUCAUGAACCACUUAUAUCGGCCCCUCAACUGGAACUUUCUGAAUUAUUAAAGAAAGAACAACACCUGAAGAUGAAUUUGGUGAAGAAUACCUCCUCACGACACUCAAGAUUCGGGGCACUGUUGUCUAUCGAAACGCCAGAUAAAGUAAGGUUAACUGUUUCAGGAAGUCAGCAUCUUUUGAAUGAUGCAGCAGCCUUGCAAAAAUUGGAUGGUAGAAAAAAAUGGAAGAAAAGAGUUAUUCAGUCCAAAGAUGACGUGCUGGAAGAAGGUCUACCAAAUAGUUUAUUAAACUCACAAUCAGAUACAAUGGGACUAAGAGGAUCAACUUUGAAAGUCUUUACCAAAUUCAUCAACAGUUUUAUAGACACAAGUUUCAACAUUUUAUUGCAUAGUGUAACAAAUCAUUUUACUACUGAACAAGAUAGGCUGAUAACAUUGGAACAAGUCGAAUAUUUAUUGUUUUUCUCUUGGUUUCUUAAAUAUCAAAACCUGAGAUCUAUGAACGAUCAUGCCACUGAUAUUUCUGCAGUCUCAGAAGCAUUGAGGGAAACUUCAUUCAUAUUCGUUUCUCACUUAUUGAGAAGUGCAUAUGAACUUAAAAACUGGAUCGUUGUACACGCAGGAAUGAUAGCAUUUAAUGAAUUAUUAAUUUUAGUCGGAAACGAAAAAUCAAGUGAUGAAGAUUUGGAUGACAUCGAAUUCAUUAUAAGUAGACUUUUCGGUGAUGAAAGAAUCCAGUUACUGUCGAAUCUACCCAAAACAGCAUCGAAACACUCUUUGCAAUACAUGAAAAGUUGUGUCAAUCUAACUCACACAGUCCUAAAAGCUCUAGAGCAAUAUUCAACCAACGACAAUAAAUUAAUUGUAGCAGGAAAGGGUCGUCGCCGCCACAAGGCAAAUAUUACUAAACAAGACAUCGAAACCUUAAUGGAACAGGAAGAUAUUGACAGAGAUGAAGCAUUGGAUAUAUUAUCUUCUCGUUUAAAGGAAUUUGAGGUCAAUUUCAAAAAAGUACAAGCCAGUUAUGUAAACGACCCAACAAUUGACAUGUACAUAAAUUUCUUACAAAGAUAUCGUGAGCUAGAUCAUGGUUUCAUCAAGAAAGUUAUUGCAUUUUUUCACAGAAUAUUUAUUCAGGCAAAAGAGGAAACAUAUUUAUUUAGAAUAGAUUUAAUCAUCUUGUUACGUGACAUUCUAUCAAUGGAAGGGCUUGAGCGGACGGCUCGAGUAAGGAGACAUGUGGAAGAAUUUUCAAAUCAUUAUUUACAUCGACUAAAAGAUAGACUCAAGAAAUCUCCUGCUUGGUUUAUCGGUUUACUGUUUCCAUCAUUACAUGAUAGUGAAGUCGGUUAUUUUCAAAGAUAUGGUGAAAAUAAAAUUCUAAAGAGGGAACAAUUUUAUGGUGUACCGCCCAGCAGAUUCAAAAACAUCAAGGAUGCAGAAGCUUUACCUAAAUCCGUCUUAAAAGACAUGAAGUUUGGAAUAAUUGUAUCUGCUAUGAUUGACGAUGGAAAGAUAGAAUUACUAGAAGAAUUGAAAGAACAUUUGAAGAAUACAUUGAAUGUGUUCAAAGCUUGGUUAACGGUUAACGUCAGUAUGGAACGCGAAACAGAAAAUCCACCAAAUGAAUAUUUCAAAUCAGUCCAGGAGCCUCGAAAUCCACUUCUGCUGGACAAGGACCUUCGUGCGCUACUUCUUCUUUGUGACUAUUUAAUUCCGAUGACUGCCUCUGAAAAGUGUUAUUUGCCGGGAACCGUCGAGAUUACAACGUUAGAAGAGUCUUUAACUUUAAUAGAAAAGUAUAUGACCACAUCAUUUGAAACUCCCAAUGGGCUUCCAUCUUCCUCCUAUUUGAUAAGGCCACAACUUAACAUGUCGUAUGACAAUCCUAUUGACGAAGAUGGCUGGAAUGGCCAUGACAGUUAUGAUUACGAUGAUCCAAGUAUUGUGAGAGAUUCUGACGUCUCAGAUAAUGAUAAUGAUUACUUCAAAGAUCUUGAUGGCACUAUGGAUGAAAAAUUAAGAGGAAGAAAGGUUACCAAGGGGCUUGCUACAUCAAAGAAGGUAAAACAUAAUAAAAAAAGACCCAAAAAAAAUCUACCAAAACAUGAUAUCGAACAAAAUAUUGAAGAACAAUCAAAAAAGAAAAGUCACCAAGCAGUUUCUAGUAGGGAGUAUAUUAGUGACUCUGAUGACGAAGAUGAUGCUAUGACCUCUAUUUUUUUUGAGAAUGAAAAUUACAUGAGAUGGUUACUUGAUAGACACAAUGGACAAUUAACAGAUGAGAUGUUUAAACUUUUCGGAAAGUUUACAGCAGAAAGAAUGCAAAACCAUGGCUCUGUGACCAGCGAUUUUUCUGCUUUAUUCCAGGGACCAGUGCCUAGCAUCGACGCGAUAAAAGUUUCAACUGUGGAUUCUCUCGCUCCUAAGACAUUGAUUGAUUUUAGUUACAAGGUAACAGAAACAAAUGACAAUGCAAAUGAAACUGAGCAUUCUUCUGAAGAAGAAUUUGUAGAUAAGCAUGCUCCGUCUUCCAAUAGCAUAGAAAAUAAUCAGUUAGAUGAGCGUCAAACUACUUCCAAGAAUGAAGAUCAACAAAAGAAGCGUCCUAGAGAUAACGAAUCUCAAAGUUCAAGAAUAUCAGAAGAUACAUCCGAAGAACUAUCAGAUGAUGGAUAUAAAAGCGAGGAUGAGGAAGGAAUAGCAGUUGUAAAAAAGAAAUCAAAGAUUAUUUUCAGUGAUGACGACGAGUAA